CGACAACCGAUAGCUUAGCUUAUCUUUCCAGUAAAAGAAAUUAAUCUUACCACGCAGCCUAGACAGUGGGAUUUCCAUUAAAAAAAAAUGGAAUUCUAUAGUUGACACUUCUGAUGCUUCUGAUAUCUUACCACGCUGACACUUCUGAUAAACAAAAUUGUCCUCCGUAAUAUAAUACGGAGUAUUCUUCAAUUCAGAUAUUCUCGCCACUAAUCCUUCAUUCUACUAAGUGUCCAUGCAAGAUCUCGUUUUGAUUUCCCUCGGUUUCUUCUUCUUCCUCUUUAGUCUUUCUCAGCUUGAUGGGGCAAAUUCAGAAGUUAGGCUCCAUGAUGAAACUGAACUUGCUAAAUUACCCCCAAGAGGUUGGAAUUCCUAUGACUCAUUUUCUUGGGUCAUCACCGAGAAGCAAUUCCUUCAGAAUGCAGAACUUGUCGCUCAGCGGUUAAAGCCCAAUGGCUAUGAGUAUGUUGUGGUGGACUAUCUGUGGUAUAGAAAGAAAGUGGACGGUGCGUACACUAAUUCUCUUGGAUUUGAUGUAAUUGAUGAGUGGGGAAGGAUGCAACCAGACCCAAGUAGAUGGCCUUCAUCCGCUGGUGGUAGAGGAUUUACGGAAGUUGCUGCUAAGGUUCAUAGCUUGGGUUUGAAAUUCGGGAUCCAUGUCAUGAGAGGUGUUAGUACCCAAGCAGUCAACAGUAGUACCCCAAUCUUGGAUAUCCAGAUGGGGAAAACAUAUGAAGAAGGUGGAAGGGAGUGGAAAGCAAGUGAUAUAGGAAUAAAGGAGAGGGCAUGUGCGUGGAUGAAUAAUGGCUUCAUGAGUGUGAAUACUAAAUCUGGAGCUGGAAGAGCUUUUCUCAGGUCACUCUAUCAACAGUAUGCUGAUUGGGGUGUUGAUUUUGUGAAACAUGACUGUGUUUUUGGCACUGAUUUGGACUUGGAUGAGAUAACCGUUGUUUCAGAGGUAUUGAAGGAUCUUAAUCGUUCCAUAACAUACUCUCUGUCUCCCGGAGUUGACGUGACACCGGAAAUGGCAAAGGAGGUUAGUAGUCUUGUCAACAUGUAUAGGGUUACCGGUGAUGACUGGGAUACAUGGCCAGAUGUUGCUUCACACUUUGAUGUUGCAAGGGACUUGGCAGCAACUAAUUUGAUAGGAACUAAGGGCCUGCAAGGGAAGUCAUGGCCUGACUUAGAUAUGUUACCUUUUGGUUGGCUCACAUAUCCGGGAUCAAAUGAAGGUCCAUACCGGCACAGCAAUCUAACUCAGACUGAACAAAAGACACAGAUUACAUUGUGGUCCAUGGCUAAGUCUCCUAUCAUGUACGGAGGCGACAUGAGAAGGAUUAGCACCCAGACAUUUGCUCUCAUUACUAAUCCUACUUUACUGGAAAUAAACUGGUUUAGCUCAAACAAUAAAGAGUUUCCAUACAUAUCUGGCUCACACUAUAUGGAUAACUCUGAGGCCCAAGUUUUGGCACUGAAAAGCUGCAAAGAUGGAAGGUCAAAAGGUUGGUCUAAAAAACACCUUGAUGAUCAAAUUUGUUGGAAAGGAAACACAUCCGAACAGCAGAAAGAAUCAUUUUGUCUCUACAAAAAAAUGCCAUUAUUUGAACAACAUCAGGAAAUGAGAAACGAGGAACAGAUUCAUGAAAAACCGCAUUUGCUGGAAAGAGAGACUACGGAGUCUUGCCUCACCGCAGCUCAUAAUCGGAAGCUUAGUUCAGGAGAGGUUAGCAGAGGUUCAUUCUCAGACUGUAGGUGGGAAGCCAGCCAGAUGUGGGAAUUGAAACACAACGGGACCCUUGUAAGCGAAUAUUCUGGUCUAUGUGCUUCAUUUGUUUCUGUCAAAGCUAUACCCGUAGGAAGUCGUUCUUGGAUUGCUAGUGGAAGGCAAGGAGAAAUCUACCUAGCUUUCUUCAAUCUGAAUAAUGUAACAUCAGUAAUUUCAACAAAAUCAAGAGAUAUAGCAAAAGCACUUCCAGGAAGAAGUGAAAGCAACCAAACAUGUUCGGGAAGAGAAUUAUGGUCUGGAAAAAGCUUUGGAUCUAGAGCAGCAUUAUCCAUAAGCAUAGAGGCACACGGGUCUGCUUUAUUCAUACUCAACUGCAAAUGAUGCUGAACAAGAAUGACCAUUCCUGCACUGCAUGUUUCUGCCUAAAAGUUUAUUGAAGAGAGAGGAACUUGUGAAUGGAAGAAAGAAAAUCGUCAGGCAUUGGAAAAAGAACAAAGGCGCUUGAGUUGAUGGAGGCGAGAACGGAGGAAGCCGUCACAAUUGUUGUCGUCUGCUUUUUUACCUUGUACAUCCUUUUUGCUUUUAAGUCUGCAUUGAAGAUUGCAGCGCCUUUGACUAUGAAUCUACUGAAGAUCCAGGAAAAAUGCUACUCCUUAUUUGUAAACUUUUUUUGACAGAAUGUUUUUUCUUUUUAAGAACAUAGUUGUUUUUUAUAGCGACAAAUUUUUCUGUUUGUGAAAAAAAUGUCAUAUGGAAAAUAAUUUUCUUCACAAAUGAAAAAUUGUUUGUACACAAAUAACCUGAAAGACAUGUUAGACAUGUGUUCAUUAUAUUGGUUACAACUCCG